AUAUAUAAAUAAAUCCUUCAUUAUUCCCAAUUUCUAAGUGUUCAUAUCAUCAUUAACUAUUUUUUUAGGGUAACAAUUUAAAAAGGGAAAAUAAAAACCCGCUUUUUUUGUUUUGUUAUUAUCUAAACGUACAUUAUGCAUAGUUGUUUAACAUUAGUAGAUUAUACAUGGAAAGAUAGUGAAGAAAGUGGUACAUCAACACCGAAUUAUUCAAAUGAUGAUUAUUAUAUUUAUCGUCUUCGACGAACAGCUCGAUCAUUAGAUAAUCAUGAUGAUAUAACAAUGAAUCAUUGUACAUUAACAGAAAUAAACAGAAAUAGACAAUAUCGAAGACAAUUAAAUGAUAUGUUAAAUUGUUCAUUAACACAUUUAAUCAAUGAUGAUAAUCAUUCAUCACAUCCACAUCAACACCAUCAUCAACUUCGUCAUCAACAUCAUCCUCAUCAUCAUAGUUCAAUGGUUUUAUUAAAUAAUAGACGAUUACCAAUAUAUGCUACAAGUAAACGUUUAUUAAAAGGACCAGAUCAUAUAUGGGUACCAGUAGGACAUUGUCGUUAUUUAUUAGAACGUGAUUUACGCACAGGUGAAAUACAAUGGAAUCCUGAAGGUAAUGAAAUUUUAUGUACUCCUAGAAGUUUAACAGAAAUUUGUAUGGCACGUUUAAUUCGUGAUUGGCCAUGUAUUCUACCUACUCGACGUUCAUCAUUACGUAAUAUUGUUAGUUUCUUAUUUAGUUCUCAUGAUAGACAAUCAAAUCCUACACAGAUUCCCCCUACUUCAUCAUCUCCCUCUUCUUCAUCGACUAUACCAACACCAACAUCAUCCUCCUCAACAUCAUCAUCGCCAUCUUCAAGACACUUAUCCAAUUCGACAUCAUAUGAUUCUAGUUGUACUACUCACAAUGUGAUUCAUAACCAAGAACCUUCUGUCAAUCAUUAUACAACUACAUCUCCUCUAACUUGUCAUGAUCUACCAGUCACAGUGUUGAUUAAUUUAUUAUCUGAAGCUAUUCUACAACGUGAUUGUUCUGCUAUCACUGGUCUAAUUGCAAAUUGGCCAUGUGAACAAUUAAUAGUGAAACAACUCAUCCCAAUGGAAGAUUAUCCUUUGUCAUUAAAUUAUAUGACAAAACCAACAUUUGUAUUAAUUAGUUCAGAGAAUGAAAAUCCCGCUCAGAAUACAUUCAUGAAAGGAUCAAGUCUAUUGGAUGCAUUUAUAUUAGGAUUUUUAACAAGACAAUCCGGAUGUAAAUUGAAAUCAGUUGAUUUUACUGGAUUUGAAGAAGAUUGUCGUGUAAGUAUUGAAUUGUCUCGAUUGCCAAUUUUAUGGAUGAAACCAGAAAAUCGUAAUUCUGAAAGUGUACGUAAACAUUUAAUGGCUAGUCUACAUAUUGGUAUACCACGAAAACGUCUUGAAGCGUAUUUUUCUAGAAUCUCUACAAUUUAUGCGUUUCAUGAAGCCGAUAUUGGACAUGGUGAACCUUUUGAUACAGUUACAAUUCAUUUAGAUUGUAAUAUGACAGUAGAUGAAGUUGCAUUGGGUUUAUCACUGCAAACAUUAACACCAUUUCGAUUUUCCUGUAAUCGAUUAUUAUUACAACGUUUACCAGAAAUUAAUUUUCCACCGUAUAGUUUAAUAAGAUUAUUUGAUCCUUUAUCAAUUACCCAAUUCGAAUUAGAAGAUCCUACAAUCGGUAGUAGUAUAGCUGUAGUGUUACCAUCUGCUGUUGGUUGGUUAAUUAGUUUACGUAAUUUACGAGCAUGUUCACUGCCAUCCUGUAUACCACCACCUCCGGAUGUUGUACCAGCCACGCACUCGAUACCGACAAAUAUUGUCGUAUCAAAUAUGAACAGUGUACAAUCGAGCUCAUCAUCAUCAUCAACUCAACAAUCAUUGUCCUCAUCGCCUGGCUCCUCCUCGUCCUCCGCCUCAUCAACUUCCUCCUCGACAUCUGACACCUCUUCUGGGUCUCCCACCACCACCACCACAACAACAAGUAAUACAUCACAAAAUUGUACUACACCAGCAUUCACUUCAACUGUUGCUGCUUGUCGUCUAUUAAAUCGUGCACUUGUAUCAUUGAGAUAUUUACAACGACUUGGUUUAGCACGAUGUCAUUUAACUGGACAAUUAAAAACUUUACUUGGUGGAUUAAGUCAACCAUUGGAGUAUUUAAAUUUACAGGAUUGUUGUCUUUCAUCGGAAGAUAUUCAUUAUUUAAUUCAACAAUGGCGUCCAUUACAUGGUCUUUACGAGCUAAAUCUUUCACGUAAUAAUUUAUCUGUUGUACCUAAUGAAACACUAUAUGAACUUGUGCAAAAUAUUUGUUUAAAGCCAAAAGGUCGAUUAGUUUGCCUGUCAAUAGCUUAUACAUGUUUAUCCCCUGAAAGAUUGAUUGAUCUACUGAGUUUAAUGGCUGGUAUGGAUCCUUCACAUAACUUCAAUGAAAAUGAUGAACAAGACGAGAUUGAUCCAACUUAUACUACUACUACUACUACUACUACUACUACUACUACUACUACUGAUAAAUGGAUGAAUAAAGUGUGUACAUUACGUGUUCUCUGUAUACAAUCAUUUAUACCACCAUCACAAUCACAAAUACAUCGUAUAUUAUAUCGUAUAACACAUUUACCAAAAUUACAUAAAUUACAUAUCUUUCCAGCAUUUUAUGCAUUUCCUGGUCAUACAGAAACAAAUCAACGUGAUCAACGUCUCAGUCAAUUAAUGCAUAGUCGUAAUUAUUUAAAACAAAGAUGUCGACCUGAUAUUGAAUUAUUAUAAUCGUGGUGUAUUGUUUUGUUUUAAUACAAAAACUAUUAUGAAUCAUGCAUGAUUUUUACAAUUCUUAAAAAAUUAAAUUUCUUUGUAUUAUGCAUGCAUGAAAUGAGUGAGAAU